UUUUUUAAUAUGUUGAUCUGUCAGUUUUUUCGCCAAUUAAUUCAACAAAAUUUUGAAAAAAAUUUCUCAGUUUCGACAAGGAAUUUCAUCUUGACAUGUUGGCGCCGUGGAUGAUCUAUUGAAACGACUAAUCCAGAAAAAGCCUAGAAACUUCAUAUCAAUGUGUAAUCUCGUGAUCUGGAUAGUUGAGACGCUUAUCGGAUAAAUGUCGCACAGACAUCCCAGAGGGACAUCCGAGGGGGAGGGAGGGGCCCGUAAGCGCGCGGAAAAGAAAUCCCACCAAUAUCGGUCGGUGUCUGUGACGAUGGAGCAGCCUCGAUUCCUCCACUUCGAAACGGGCCAAUCUGGUAUCCCGUCGUUAUCGCUAAAAAGACCGCAAACUCGCGGGGCACACCCGGUAUAAUGUUGCGACGGUCCGCGGACCUUCCGCUCGAGUCACAUCGCGCGCGACUCUUUAGUGCACGCGUACGUACGCAUCUACGCACACGCACGCGCGCGGCGUGUCUCGCCUUCGGCUUGCCUUUUUCUCUCUCGGCAAACUGGAACUUUUCGACGCACACCGGUGACAGUGCGACUUCGCAGGGACCAGAGACAUUCGGACGGGACGGGGAUGUCGACGACGGCGAGCAAAAUGGAUGGGCAGGUUUCCGAUGUGAGCAAGCCGCAGCAAAACGGUCACGAGCGCAACAAGAGCGAGGAGCUGCAGCUCGAGGACGUCAACGACAACAACAAUGACGAGACUAUCGAAGUGGAAAUGGUUGUACCACCUGACGGAGGAUGGGGCUGGGUGAUUGUUGCGGCCUCCUUCAUGUGCAACUUCUUUGUCGACGGUAUCAUUUUCAGUUUUGGCGUAUUUCUGAACGAUAUCGCAGACGCGUUCUCUGUGUCGAAAGCGAGUGUCGCAUUCGUUAACUCGUUACAGAGUGGAUUUUAUCUCAUGGCUGGUCCUUUUGUAUCCGCCCUCGCUAAUCGAUACGGCUUCAGGCUGGUGGCGAUAUUAGGAAGCGUGAUUAGCUGCAUCGCCUUCGUCCUCGCGUACUUCAGUACUUCCAUCGAGUUUCUUUACAUUUCUUAUGGCGCCAUAGGUGGCAUUGGGGCAGGUUUAAUAUAUGUGCCAGCUGUGAUAACUACUGGUUUUUAUUUCGAAAGAUGGCGAGCCUUAGCUACAGGUAUCGCAGUAUGUGGCUCCGGUAUUGGUGCAUUUUUACUCGCACCGGUUUCGAAUAUACUUGUGAAAACUUUUGGUUGGAGGGGAGCUUUGCUAUGUCAAGCAGGCAUGCUGUUGCACUGUGCCAUAUUCGGCGCCAUGUUUCGUCCUUUGAAACCAACGAGGAUUAAGGUAAAGAACACCCCGGAAAAUGCCGCGCUCGAGGUCAAAACUACAUUAUUGGGAAAAGGUGUGUCAACGACUUCGUUGCACUGUGUGCAACCAAACAGAAGCGGCUUCUUCGGCACAAAUAAUAACACGGAAUACCCGACGGCGGCUGAACUUCUCGGCAGCAGCCCGAACAUAGUAAAUGCAUCCAAAUCCCUGCACUCGUUGCACAAGGUGCACGAGGAGACUGAGAUUUUGGAAAGAAAAAUAAGCACUUCGGAGAAGCGGCUAUCUGCGCCGAUAUAUCCUGCCGAAGGUACCGAUAUGGAUACUAAUGAAGAGAAGAUUGCCGAAGAGAACAAUCUGCUCAGCGGCGAUUUGGAGCGAUUGAAUGGAAAAGUACCGACGAUCCGCCGACACACGAUUAGCGGCAGGCGUCUCCGAACGGAUUCGGAAUGUAGUCAAAAGUCCCUUCGAAUAGGCAAACGAAAUCCGAAAGAUCCACAGAGACCGUUUUAUAGAGAUGACAUCUUUUACGGCGGUUCUUUGAACAGACUCCCUCAUUAUAAGUCUCAACAAUCGUCAGUCGGUUAUCACAUGUCAGUGACGCGGUUGCCAACGGCAAAGGAUGUAGCGGAGGAAGAAAGCGGAAGUUGCUACCUGUGCCCGGAAAGCGUACGGCGAAUUCUGACCACAAUGCUCGAUUUAAGCCUCCUAAAAAGUCCGUCUUUUUUAAUACUAGCGAUCUCUGGUGGACUCACCAUGAUGGGCUUUUAUACACCUUUUUUAUAUGUGACAGAUCGAGCAAUAAAGGCUAACAUUGACGCUUCUACAGCGAUGUUUCUCGUUUCGGUGAUCGGUAUUGGUAACACUAUCGGUCGUAUCGUGUGUGGUUUAGCAAGCAGUUUGCCUGGAGUUAAUGCCCUGGUUGUGAACAAUGUAUUUAUCAGCGUCGGUGGUUUAGUAACUAUAUUUUCCGGCCUUUCUCUAACGGAGGGAUAUCAGUUCUUUUAUGCGGCCAGCUUUGGCCUCAGUAUAUCUGUCUUUGCUUCCCUGAGAUCGAUCCUCGUUGUGGAUCUGUUGGGCUUAGAAAAACUAACGAACGCUUUUGGGCUGCUUCUUCUGUUUCAAGGUGUGGCGGCGACUGUGGGCGCGCCUCUCGCAGGUGCAUUCAUGGAUGCGACCGGGAGCUACGACGCUUCGUUCUACCUGUCUGGCAGCCUGAUUCUCAUGUCGGCUGUAAUCUGUUACCCGUUAAAAAGGAUCAACACAUGGGAGAGGCGCAGAGAAAAAGGUUCGACCGCGAUGGAAGCUUCCGCGUCUUGAUUGAAGAAGACACAAAGCAGUGCCUUAACUCUCCCAUACUCCGCGUGCGCACGCUCAUUUGCGCCGCAUAUAUAUGUUGUACAUAUUAAUGCAUAAUAAUUUAUAGCGAGCGCUCGAACCGAGAAUAUAAUUAUUACGGCACGCAAAAAACGCAAAAACGGAAAUAAUCGAUUUCGUGCGUGUAAUCGACAGAACGAUCGCUCGCGUUCGCUCGCGCUCAAAGUGUGUAACGUGAGAGGAAAAAUGUUUUCCGUAUAUUUGUGAUCUGCUUGUCAAAGUUGCGAUCACUUUGAUAAGGACGAACCUAUUCCACGAAGCGACUUAACGCUCUUAUUCAUGAUCUAUUGUCGCGCGAUAGUAAAUUCAUAAGUGAAUCUUUACAUUCCGCUGAAUUUCAAUUUUUCGGCACUACGUAGAUUUUUUUCCUUAUAGAAGUUU